CCGCCGGAGGCGCCUCCUGAGCCGCGGGCCCGGCGCGAUGAAGCGCGGCAGCGACCGCGACUCGAGCCCGCCGGGGGCCGCGGGCGGGCGCGCCGCCGCCGCCGCCAAGCGGCCCCGCGACCGCGACCGCGAGAGCAGCAGCCGGCGCGGCCCGCACCGCAGCUCGGGCGCCUCCCGCAGCAGCCGGGACAAGUCCACGCCCGGCGGCGGCGGAGGCGGCGGCACCACCACCAGCAGCAGCAGCAGCGGCGGCGGCGGAGGCGGCUCCAGCUCCCGCAGCCACCGCGGCGAUGAGCGCGCCGGCGGCGGCGGCGACUCGAACCACCGCCCGGCGGGCAGCGGCUCGGCCUCAGGCGCCCGCGGCGGCAGCCAGGCCGCCCCCUCCUCCUCCUCCUCCUCCUCCUCCUCGUCCCGGGCGCUCGGCGUGCCCAAGGCCAAGGCGCUGCCGGGCGCCGUGGUGGCCCCGUCGCUGCUGCUGGCCGGGCCGCCGCCGGGCGCCGCGCCCUCGCUGCUGCUGGCGCCGCUCGGGGGCUCGGCCGGGCUGGCCGGGGAGCCGCCCGGCUCCUGCGAGUACAAGACGCUGCUGGUGAGCGGGCUGAGCGCGGCCCUGCCCGACCAGCUGCUGGAGGACGGGCUGUUCCGCCUCUUCCAGCGCUUCGCGGGCGGGGGCGCCGGGGACAUCAGUGUCAAGCUCUCGCACACGCCCGAGCUCGGCCGCGUCGCCUACGUCAACUUCCGACACCCCGGGGAUGCCCGCGACGCCCGGCGGCACGCCCGCGCCCGGCAGCUGCUGCUCUACGACCGGCCGCUCAAGGUGGAGCCCGUGUACCUGCGCGGGGGCCGCCGCAGCCGCACGCCGCCCCCCGCGCCCUCCCCGGAGCCGCUGGGCUACCUGCCGCCCCUGCACAGCGCAUACCAGUACAAGCAGCGCUCGCUGUCGCCGGUCACCAGCCCCUUGCUGCGGGAGCCGCGGCCCCGCCACGCUCACGCCGCCGCCGCUGCCUUCGCGCUGGAGGCAGCGGCCAUCGGGCUGUCCCGGGAGCGGGAGCGCGCCCUGGAUUACUACGGGCUGUACGACGAGCGCGGCCGCCCCUACAGCUACCCCAUCGUGGCCGAGGAGGACCUGAUGCCCGAGGAUGACCAGAGGGCCACCCGCAACCUCUUCAUCGGCAACCUGGACCACAACGUGUCGGAGGUGGAGCUGCGCCGCGCCUUCGAGAAGUACGGCAUCAUCGAGGAGGUGGUGAUCAAGCGCCCUGCGCGUGGCCAGGGCGGCGCCUACGCCUUCCUCAAGUUCCAGAACCUGGACAUGGCUCACCGGGCCAAGGUAGCCAUGUCAGGCCGCGUUGUUGGCAGGAACCCCAUCAAAAUCGGCUAUGGGAAAGCCAACCCCACCACCCGGCUGUGGGUGGGGGGCCUGGGCCCCAGCACCUCCCUGGCCGCCCUGGCCAGGGAGUUCGACCGCUUCGGCAGCAUCAGGACUAUUGACUACGUGAAGGGCGACAGCUUCGCCUACAUCCAGUACGAGAGCCUGGACGCCGCCCAGGCCGCCUGCGCGCAGAUGAGGGGCUUCCCCCUGGGUGGCCCAGAGAGGAGGCUCCGAGUGGAUUUUGCCAAAGCAGAAGAGACAAGAUACCCGCAGCAGUACCAACCCGCGCCGCUGCCCGUGCACUACGAGCUGCUGGCCGAUGGGUACAGCCGGCACCGGAGCCUGGAGCAAGACUUGAGGGUGCGGGAUAGGACUCCUCCGCACCUCCUGUACUCGGACAGAGACAGGAGCUUUGUGGAGGCAGACUGGGCCAGCCCUGCCAAAAAUGCCGAGCGCAGGAACAACCUGGAGAGCUACAGCCGGUCCGUGCGCAGCAGGAGCGGGGAGCGCUGGGGCGGCGACGGCGACCGCAGCGUGCCCAAACCCUGGGAAGAGAGGCGGAAACGCCGGAGCCUCUCCAGCGACCGCGGGAGGACUACUCACUCGCCUUACGAGGACAGAAGCAGGACAAAGGCCAGUGGGCCAGCUCUAGACCGCAGCCCUGACAGGGCUCGCAAGGAGAAUCACACUACAGAACCCGGGGCCGAGAAAGAGCAGAGCAACUCCCUCCAGAACAAUCGCCACACAGCUGAGGAGAAGCCCCAUCGCGAGCCAUCCGAUGCUCCCCAGCCCAAAAAAAGGGACAGCGAACGCAAUCAUCGAACUGGUGAAUCGGAAUCAAAAACUCACGAGGAGCCAAAAUCCGAGACCAAAAAGCUAAAGAAUUUAUCAGAAUAUGCUCAGACACUGCAGCUUGCUUGGAAUGGGCUUCUUGUGCUAAAAAACAGCUGCUUCCCCACCUCUAUGCACAUCCUGGAGGGAGACCUGGGUGUCAUCAACGGACUCCUCAAAGACCAUUCGUCCGGCGGGAAGUUGACGCAGCUCAAAAUCGCGCAGAGACUCCGGCUGGACCAGCCCAAGCUGGACGAAGUCACCCGCCGCAUCAAACAAGGCAGCCCCAACGGCUACGCCGUGCUCCUGGCCACCCAGUCUGCCCCGGCAGGGGCAGGGGCCGAGGGGACCUUCCCUGCUGUGGAGCCUGGCUUGCAGCGACGGCUUCUCAGGAAUCUGGUCUCCUACUUGAAACAGAAGCAGGCUGCUGGGGUUAUCAGCCUGCCCGUGGGAGGGGCGAAGGGCAGGGACAGCACAGGCAUGCUUUACGCGUUCCCUCCUUGCGAGUUCUCUCAGCAGUACCUCCAGUCAGCACUAAGGACAUUGGGGAAGUUAGAAGAAGAACAUAUGGUGAUAGUUAUAGUCAAAGACACUGCCUAGCCCACACUGUCUUUUCAAAUUUCAUGUUUUCUUUGUGUGUCACACAACCCAGUUGUUUUUAAGGCUGAUCAUUUUGGCAGAGGCUCAAAACACCUCGGCCAAAGUGGUAAGAUUUUUAGUUUCUAAUUAAUUUUAAUACCUAUAAUAUCUAUUAAAAUUUUAAAUAGAGCCCAUUUUAUUCGUUUUUAAUAUGUGACACUGUCCGCUGUUGUUCUGUAUUUUUAUUUUUUAACUGUAUGAAAAGUUGUCAGUAAAGCCUUGUUCACUGAUGGAUUUCUAAAA